AUGGAAGUGGUUAUAAUAGGCGCUGGACCGAGCGGAAUCGCGAUAGCGCAUUCGCUGAAGCAUAAACUUGGAUUCAAUAAGUUCACAAUAUAUGAGAAGCUUGACGGUCCUGGAGGCACAUGGAGAACGAACACAUACCCUGGAUGUGGUUGCGACAUUCCAAGCCACCUAUACUCGUUCAGCUUUAAUCUCAACCCCGAUUGGAGCAAAGAGCUUUGCGACCAACCGGAAAUUCUUGAGUACAUGGAAGCGACGGUGGACAAAUUCAAUUUACGGCCCCAUAUGCGAUUUGUGACUAAAUGUCUUGGGGCACAAUGGAUCUCGAAAACUAAGAAGUGGGAGAUUGAACUCCAAGACAUGAUAGGCAGGAAAUUCACAAAAGUAGCCGACAUUUUCAUCAGUGCCGUAGGGGGUAUAUCAGAACCCCGAGAUGUCAAAUUUCCUGGCAUGGAGAAGUUCCAAGGUCCUAUCUUUCACACUGCACGAUGGGAUCAUUCGUACGACUACGAAGGAAAACGAAUGGCAGUGAUUGGAAAUGGCUGCAGCGCGGCUCAGGUUGUUCCAAAUGUGGUUCACAAAGUCCAGUAUCUCAAACAAUUUGCGCGGAGCCCUCAAUGGUACCACGAGCGCCCCAAUCGAGAAUUCUCCAAGCUAGAGAAAUUCUGCUUCCGCUAUAUUCCUCUCUGGCAAAGAUACCAUCGUCUAUCCCUCUUCACGGGGAAUGAUGCUCUUGUCGAGACUUAUGGGGCAGGAGAAAAGGCCCAGCGAGUGCGCACAGCUACCGAGUAUGCUGCAAGGAAUUACAUAUAUGAGAAUGCACCAGAGAAAUAUCACCAUUUCAUCGUCCCUGAGUUCCCCCUCGGAUGUAAACGCCGUAUUUUCGACCCUGACUAUCUUUCGGCCUUGCACGAGGAGAGUAUGAGCUUGGUUGAUGAAGGGAUUAGAGAGAUUAACGAAGCGGGCAUUACUAGCGAACGAGGAACAUACGAGGAGUUCGAUGUCAUAGUUCUUGCGACUGGUUUCAAGGUCUCAGAGUUCCUGACCCCGAUGAAGAUCGUGGGGCGGCAAGGCAAAGAGCUCUCAGAGCAGUGGAAAGAAUCCGACGGUGCUCAAGCAUACUAUGGAACUUACGUGCACAAUUUCCCUAAUUUUGCAAUUCUCUUUGGUCCGAACUCGUUCCCGGCCCACAACUCUGUUAUUUUCGCAACGGAGGUUCAAGCGGCAUUCAUAGUCAAAAGUCUUUUUACACCUAUCAUGAACAAUCGUGCAUCGAUCAUAGAGGUCAAACAAGAAGCAGAAGAUAGUUUCACUGCAGGCGUGCAAUCACUUCUUAGUGGUACUGUCUUUAGUGCAAAUUGUUCCAACUGGUAUAUCAACUCCAAGGGAAAGAACUCCGCUUCAUGGCCCGGGUAUGCGUCUACAUUCUGGCGCGAGACAUUUUUCCCUCGCUUCAAAGAUUUCAAGCUUGAAGGUGGCUCCACACUCUGGUGGCCGAAGUGUAUUGUGCGAUGGUUGUUUACGGGACUAUUUAACACGUUGCUCUCUCAGCACACCAUGACAUUUCUACUGGCCUUUGGAAUUAUCAAAAGGGAGCGAAUUCUGCAAGAUAUCGCCAAGCUUGUGCAACGGGCACAGGCGCGAUGAGAGAUAACUCAACAAGAGAAUUCGAGUAGAUAUGUUGGGCAUUCGGUCAUUUGUUGAGUCCAAGGAGAUUACCUAGUGUACAAAGGGC